GACAGACAAAGCUGAUUAAGCAAGAGAGGCUGUGUGAUGCUGGUUUGGUGGGGGAGGAGGAACAGCUCACCCCCCCCCCUUUCCUUGCUGGCCUGCCUUUGCUAGCUGCAGUUUGAAGCAGCGUCAGAACUGGAGAAAAAGAAAUAAAAGAUAGGACUUGGCCUUAGCCUUGCAUGUCUGAGAUUUGAGAGGCUGGGAUUGUUUAAGAAGAGGAUGGAGCUAGACCCUACUCCAGUUCAAUUAUCGCCAAGACAUAUAAGCAAUGGCAACGAUGAGGCAGCAUUCAUCCGGAAGCAGAAACUGGAAUUCCAGCGCCAUAUCAUCGAAAAGAAGCAACGUCGCAAGCGCCAAGAGCCACUUAUGGUUCAGGCCAAUACAGAUGCCAAGGUGAAGGGACGCUCUGGGAGGCGUAAGGCUGAGGAGCGCAUCCCACUCAUGGAAUCUUGCAGUGAACACAGCCUGUGUAACAGUACAAACAACCCCUUCCUAGUGGAAUCUGUCCCAGAAGCCCAUCUUGGUGCACAUAUGUGGGGCAACUCUGUACAGAUGAACCGGACACAGAACUGUGGUCAAGGGGAAAGCCAGACAGUCUGUUCAGAUUUCUUUGAUGAGGCAGAGCUUGAGGUGGCCAUUUUGGAAGAAACCCAGCCAAUUAACAAGAAUGAAUCAGCUCCCAAGACUGGCUGGCUGGCGAAACAGAGAGAAGCAGGACGAUCCAAUGCCCAGCGGCGGAACCAAGUUUCCAAAUCAAAGAAAGAAGUCUUGUCCCCAAGACAGAAGACUCCAUCUGCCAUAGUGGACACAAAAGGAAAAAGUCCUGGGUGCAAAUCUAAGACACAAAAAUCAAAGAAGGAACCCUUAUCCCCAAUACCAGCGGCUCCAUCAGUCCUUACAGAUAUGGAAGUUUUCAAGAAUGGCCCCAAUACAGAAGAUGUGGAGUCUACAGACUCAAAAGAUGCCAAUGAUGAAAGAUGUGAUGUCCAUACCUUCCACAGCAACUCUGAAAGUGAGGAGGAGUCAUCCCAGGAGCUGUCCAUAUCAUCCUCAGCCCUGAAGAAAUCCCGGAACUGGAUGCUUUCCCACAGAGGGUCUCUCACCAAUGGAAGGAGAAGCCAGAGUGAUGAUGAGGAAGAUGAGGAUGAAGAUGAGGAGGAGGAGGAGAAGGAAGAAUUCAAAGGCGAGGAGCAAGACAUCCUCGAACGGGUCAUGUACAUCCCUAAGGAGUCUCCAAGUGGGGAAUCCAGCACCCCAUUGUCUGUCAAGGUGGAUGACGUUGAAGAAUUCAUCCUGAAACCUGCUCCUCAGGGCCACAUUAUCCAAUGUCGCAUCACACGGGACAGGAAAGGAAUGGACAAGGGCAUCUUCCCUUUCUACUAUUUGCAUCUUGAGAUGGAAAAUGGAAAGAAGCGUUUCCUCAUGUCUGGGCGGAAAAGGAAAAAAAGCAAGACCUCUAACUACCUCAUUUCCUUAGACCCCAUUGAUCUGUCACGGGAUGGAGACAACUUCAUUGGAAAAAUCAGAUCCAAUGUACUGGGAACUAAGUUUACUGUGUUUGACAACGGGAUCAAUCCAGACAAGAAACCUUUUGUUCCAGAAACAGCCCAGUUGCGGCAAGAGCUGGUUGCCAUUUGCUAUGAAACCAAUGUUUUGGGGUUUAGGGGCCCACGAAAAAUGACAGUGAUCAUUCCUGGCAUGAACUCAGAUAAUGAGAGGAUCUGCAUCCGUCCUAAAAAUGAACACGAGACCUUACUUAUCCGAUUCCGAAACCGGAACAUGCAGAACCUGAUCAAACUCCAGAACAAGAUGCCAGCUUGGAACGAGGAGACCCAGUCGUAUGUGCUCAACUUCCAUGGGCGUGUCACACAGGCAUCUGUCAAAAAUUUCCAGAUCAUCUCAGAAGAUAACUCUGACUACAUUGUGCUACAGUUUGGUCGCGUGGCACCCGAUGUCUUCACCAUGGAUUACCAGUACCCACUCUGCGCACUUCAGGCAUUUGCCAUCUGCUUGUCCAGCUUUGAUGGGAAACUUGCUUGCGAGUAGAAGGCCAAUCCAAUGAACUCCAGUUGUCGAAAUCCCUCUGGUUUUGUUGCAGAUUGCUUCCUGCUGCUUCAUAAAACUGGACAAUCCAAUACUUUUUUUAGUACUGCCUACCUUUGAACCUCUGACCUUCCCAUCCCUUGUCAGGUUGGACCUCCACAUGACUUGUUACUGUUAAGCUGCCAUGUUUGGCUUCCUUUUGCUCUGCCUCCAUUUAAGCUCUGUCAAGACAAGACAGCCUUGUGCUUUCCUAGAACCCUUGACUUCUCAUCUUCCCAUUUGUUUCUGCUUUUUUUCCAUUUGCUCUUUGACUUUCCCCACACUCAACCUCAUAUGCUCAGCUGUACAACUUAAUAUUUGAACUUCAUGACUUUGGUUCAGGCUUGUUAGGCUCUAAAAUCCCUCCUAGCCAUCCUUUCAAAACAGUACCCAUCUACUAAGGAAACAGACCAUCUCACCCGAUGUGGACCACAGCUCUGUUACUUGAAGAAACAGCAGACACCAAAAGAAGAGUCAUUUCUGCCAGCUUCACAAAUUCAGAACAAGAAAAGAGGCACCCAUGUUGAUGGGAAGUGGCAGCCAUUUUAAAAUACAAACGGAAGCUGCAACCCCCACCCAUCUUCUUUUCUAUAUCAAAAUUGGGUAACAGAUUGGAAAUAAAGUUUACCCAGAAAUCAAAA